AUGGCUAUUCUAUCUGAUAUGCCCUUAAAUUCUUCUAUAUUUGGCUCGAUACGGGUGCCGUCACAAGCUCCAGCGAAAGAUUCAAGUAUAACGGACACAACAGAAAAAGAAUAUAUAAAAUCAGAAGAAUUCAGCACAUACGAAGAUGUGCGGUUAGAAGCCGAGUGCUUGGUCGGGAGUGAGUGGGUGAGCAAUUGUCACGCGUGUCGCUGCUCCGAGGAGGGCAGAGCUAUCUGCUUAAAACAAGAAGUCUGUGAUAAGAGCUAUGGUGAACCGCUGAAAUGCAAGCCAGAGACGUCGUUCAAGAGAGACUGCAAUAUGUGUAGAUGCCUUAAUAAUGGUCUCGUACUUUGUACUAUGAAGGGUUGUUCGCGAGGAACCAUUCUAUUGAAAGCGGAUUUGCAAUCGGGGAAAGAUUGUUCACCAAGCACGAGGUGGAAGAGCAGAUGCAACGAUUGUUUCUGCUCCGAAGAGGGUGUCAGGAACUGCACAAUACUCGAUUGUCCUGGACAAGAAAAUGAACCCGUACUCCGAUGUGCUCCGGACACCAUGUGGAGGAACGAAUGCAACACUUGCUGGUGUACGACAAAUGGACACGCCAUGUGUACUAAAAUGGGAUGCUCAUUGUAUACCGUUCCAGAAUGGAAGCCACAACCAGCUGAAGAAGUAGAAAACAGAUUUUUGUCGUCUGUGUCAAGGCACAAUGCAUUCCAUAAAGUCCAGAAACGAUCCGUCUGUGAGCCGAAUGCAAUAUUCAAAGUUGACUGUAAUGAUUGCUUUUGUUCUUCGAAUGGGGAAGACAUAUCUUGCACACUUAAGGCUUGUCUUGGUGAAAGCCUGGAGGUAACAGAACAAAAGGAAAAACUACUAAGACUUAUCGAGACAAGGUCAUUCGAAGGAAAUCUUAUAAAACGCCCAAUAUGCAAAGCGAAUUCAUUAUUCAAAGUUAAUUGCAACGAGUGCGCGUGCGCCGCUGAUGGGCAAAGCUACUCCUGCAGUGACGAUGAUUGCGAUGAUAGGGCUAUCAAUGAUGAUGUUGAGGUGUUUAUGGAGGAAGGGGGCCCAGACCACAUAGAACAUUCCGUGUGUAAGCCUCUCGCAGAGUUCCAUAUGGGUUGUAACACUUGUCUUUGUAAUGUGAACGGCAGUAACUAUUCUUGUACCAAUAAACCGUGUCCAUUACCUGAAGACGUUGAAAUAUUCAAAGAAUUGGAGGCCCGAAAAUCUGUUAACGCAUCCGAAGUAGUAUGCACUGCUAACAGAAUGUUUAUAAGAGACUGCAACACUUGUUGGUGCAACGACGAUGGAACUGGCUUCUUUUGCACGAGGAAAGUCUGCGUCCUUCCCGAAGAGGGCGAAGAGAAUCCUGAGAAUUUGAGGGCAAUCAAAAAACAAUGCCGUCCCGACGAAGUAUUUGAACUGGACUGCAAUACAUGUCGGUGUAAUUCUGAUGGCGAGUCGUAUUCCUGCACUCGGCGAGUCUGCGUUUCUGAACCUGACGAAAAGGGUGCACCGAAGAACUGCCAACCAAACCAAGAGUUUCGCUUGGAUUGCAAUAAAUGCCUUUGUGAUAAUGAAGGUCAGAAUUAUUCAUGCACGAGAAUUGAUUGCGCUGCCUUAAACAACAACAAUGGAGCCGAUAGGACAAAGCGAGAAGUAGCAUCACAAGAGCAGUUAAACUGUACACCUGGUACGGUCUUUGACCAGGGCUGCAACGUGUGCCAGUGCACCACAGAUGGAAACCACGCCGUAUGCUCCAUGAAACGUUGUCACGAUGAGAGCGAGAAUGAUAUUAAUGCUCCCGCGGACCUUACAGUGAAGACUCUAGAAUGCCAAUCGAACAUAAGAUACAUCAAAGACCACACGGUGUGUACGUGUUCUGAUAGUGGACGAUGGCUUUCUGAAAACUGUCGAAAAGCCAUCCGUACUCUCAGAACAGACCUACCAAUAGUUCAUGGAAAUCUAAGAUCCAACAUCACUUGUAAAUCAAACAGUCUAUACCUUAUCGAUUGUAAUGUAUGCAAAUGCGAUAAAACUGGCCUCAUUCAAGCAACAAGCUGCACUAAUCGACAUUGUAAAACUACUAACAAAGCUGACUCGUGCCUCUUCGGAGAUUUCCUACGAACACAAAACGAAAUUUGUCUUUGUAGUGACGUGAAUUACUAUAUCGAUAAAUUGUGCAAGAAAAUAAGCCCCAAUCUUAUCCAGGAAUUCAACACUGUUGACGCAAAAGCAGUAACAGAUGUAGGAUUUAAGUCGAAUAAAAAAUGCACUGCAUAUAGAGAAUAUUAUAUCGAUUGCAACCAUUGUAUUUGCGAAGAGAAUGGACAAUUGAUUUGCACCAAAAAGGACUGUCGACCAAAGAAAGUUAAUUCUAGAAGAAAGAGUAACGAUGAACUGCCUGCAGUACAAAGCGUUGAUGACCAUUGUACCCCAGGUCGAAAAUACAAACUUAAAUGCAACACAUGCAUUUGUACACCAAAUAAAGAAUUGUCUUGCACUACGAUGGUCUGCUUGGAUGAUUUUAUUAUAGACGGAUUAGCACUGAGGAGAGGUUUAAUAUCAUCGAACGAUUGA